AUGGAUACAAAGGGUACAGCUUUUUCUGCAGCUGUUCAUAUUCCUGAAUUGCUAGACAAACAUAAUUAUGCGGAAUGGGCGAUUCGAGUGCAAACCUACUUAGAGGGUCAAGAUCUUUGGGAGGACAUCAUGAACGAUAAUGCAACCGCAACUGCAACCUCAACCGCUUCUCAGAAACAAAAGUAUGGUGAAGAUGCUAAUAAGGCUUGGAGAAUGAGGAGCUUCAUGGCUUUACAUGUGAUCCAGACUUCAUGCGGGCCAGACGCAUUUUCUGAUAUUAGCACAAUUCGUGAAGCCAAGACUGCUUGGCAAACUUUGAAAAAGAAACCACAAUUAAUUGCAGAUACGGAACAAUACCAUCUCGGUAGAAAAAGAAACAUAGAAAAUGAGGAUAGCCAUCGUCAGUGUGCGGAGUUGUACAAGGCUGUGCUUCGUGGUAAUUUGACCGCUGCAAAGGAGUUUCUUGAUUCUGAACCCGAGGCAAUAAGAAAGGCAAUCACAGAGAAAGGCGAAACGGCUCUUCACAUUGCUGUUACUGCUGGACAUGCCCAUAUAGUCAAGGAGUUGGUGGAUCAACAUGAUCAAGAUGGUGACGGUUACAGAGCUCGAAUCACAAAAGAAGACUUGGGAAUUGAAGAUGGUGACGGUUGCACAUCUCUAAUGAAGGCUCUUGAGUAUGGAAGAUCCCAACUGGCGAACUAUUUGUAUACUCGCACUCCGCUGGAGUAUAAUUUCUAUCAGGCGGUAUUUUCAGAAACAGACAAAAAAGGAGCUAUGCUUCUUAACCGUGCAAUAUAUUCCAAAAAUUUGGAUCUUGCUUUGAAGUUAAUCUGGAGUAACCCAUAUUUGACAUAUGUUCGUGACGACUGCGGCGUGUCCCCAUUCUUAGCAUUGGCUUCUAUGCCGCACAUAUUUUCGAGUGGAACCCGGCUCGGUUUUUGGAAACAAUUUAUCUACGAUCACUGUUGGUAUACACAUUGAUCAAUCGACUUGUUUGAACCAUGAAACUCGUUUGGACAUUAACAACGAACACCAUUUAGUUACAAUGCAAUCAGUGCCUGGAGGAGUACUGUUGCGCCAUCUAGUUUCAAUAUAUAUAACUGUCCGCAAGUACUUGGGUAUAAUACCGUAUCCACUCGGUCAUCAAAAUCAUAUCUAGAUAAUUUUGUUUGAAAUUUUUGUACUCUCUUUCUUUUUCUUUAUUUAUUUUUUGUUUGUUUGUUAUGGUUUAAUCCGGUUGAAUUUGCAUUGUUUCAAUAAUUGUCAAAGGAAUCGAGCAAUUAUAUGAAAUGAAGAAGAUCCAUAUCCAAUCCCAGGAACUUCUCAACUGCAUGUGUAAGGCGAUAUAUAUAUCAAAAAUCUCCCAAACUCAACGACGUCUUAGAAGUGGUGUGGUUUAUGAUGCAAUCAAUCGUGCUGUCAAGAAUGGAAUUUUUGAGUUUGUUUUAUUGACAUUUUCGAAAGUGGAUCCGAGUGUUUUGAAGAAUAUUACAGAAAAAGAUUUGAUGAGCAUAUUUAUGCUAGCUGCGGUUUUGUAUCGUCACUCUCAGAUGUUUAGCCUUCUUAUACAAUGUGGCCGGCAAACUGGUCUUAUGAACAACAAAGUGACAUCUUUUGGAGAUCGCAACGAUAAUAACAUCUUACAUGUGACAGGGAUAGGAAAAGAUUCCAUUAGGUUUAAUCGAAGUUCUGGUGCGGCUUUACAGAUGCAAA